AUGGCACUCCAGGCCAGCAAAAGGCAAGCAUCCCGUCGGCGAGCCCUAUUCGGAAUGUGUCCGUAUGGGGCUGCACCGACUGAGACCUCGAUGCAGACCCGAGUAUCCUGCCAUCUGGCCGUCUGCAGACAAUUAGUUCAGCAUCGGACUCGAAAGUUCUAUUGCAUUUUGAGUAACAGUAAGAUUGGUUUUAACUUUUGGAGGAGCCGUUGA